UUAUACGAGCGAGAGCGGUCGAGUGCGCGCGCGCGCACGUCUGACAGCCAGCUGUUGACAGCUGUUGCACGCGGUACCUUGAUCACUUCCAGAUACUGGCCAUCCCGGAACAUAUUCGCGCUCUUCUACGUUGGUUGGUACGAAGCCGCGACAACGCGCGAGUGUCAAGCAUCCGCGGGAGCUCCUCCUCCGUCUGGUUCUGAAAAAAAAUCGCGCGUGCCUGCGUCGCGAUAUGUUUUCGAGCCGAAUGGAAGUCGAACGCGAUCUGAUGUCGCACGCUUCUCCGGCGCACGCUCCGGACGGCGGCGCGGAAUUGGAGUCCUGAUCGAGUCAUAUCUUUUUUUACGCUCGAAUUUUCGGCAUAAUAUAAUACGUAAUAUACGACGUAAUGAUAACUCGAGACGUCCGACCGACCGAAGUAUUAUAUUUUCUCACGCCAAAAGAAUAUGAGUAAUCAGUAAGACGCGUCAGUAAACGCGUGACCCGAACGACCGUGAUCGGUGUGUAAGAAAUAUUUUCGAUCGAUCGCAUCACGAACGACAUUUUUUACUAAAAUCGAGUCAAUUAUGACGUGCGAAAAAAUGCCUACAAUUUUCGAGCGUUUCCAAGGCCUGAUGGAGGACGAAAUGGGACCAGGCAAGCUGAUUACUUAUGGAAUCGCUAGCGCCGGUUUAUUCGUUGCUCUGUACAAGAUUAGACCUUUUGCCAAAUUCAAGAAACCGUCCGACGUUCCGUCUUACUUCUUGCAAUCAAGAGUUCCACUCCAAGGCACUGUAAUGCGUGUGGAACCGAGUCAUGGUGCUUUACUAAUGAUCAAUCACCAACCCCUAUUGCCUUCUCUUCACUUUAACAAUAAGAGUUAUUUACCUGUAAAGAUCAGUGGUGUUGACAUCACAGGUAAUGGUAUAAGUUGGUUGCAAUGUGUAGUCAAUGGAAAAUUUGUAACAUUUAUACCUGUGGUCAGAGAAAAGGAAUAUCUGGAAUGUAUAGUUACAAUGUCACAGAAAGAUCAAGAUUCGUUAAAGAUUGGCGAAGAGCUGAUCAAAUUAGGUCUAGGUACAAUACGUGAACCUUGGAUAAAACUAGAAGAUAAACCUAUACUAGCAUAAAAAUCUUUAACAAGUGCCCAAAACUGGGCGAUACGUAGAAGAAAUGGAUAUUGGCAUUUUAUAAAACAGCCAACAGUUCUGUGGAAAAUGCAAAUGUUCAUAAUUGAUAAAAUGAAGACAUUGUUACCUACAUACAUAGUGAGACGACUUGAUCUUUAAAAGUGCCUUUGAUAAUAAAUGUACAUAUAACUUUAUUAUAGGUAUAGAUUUUAAUAGUUCAAAUUCCACGAGAGAAAUAUUGUGGUACUUAAGGUUUAUUUAUAAUAAAAGUUAAUAUUUUAGUAA